CUACCAGCUAGAUUAAUAACUGAGCCACGAGGUUUACUAAGGAUCUGACACUGCCGGCCAACCUUUGCACUAAUGGGUCAUGCUUAGCUCAUUGAUAAGGAACUCCAGUCUACCCACUGCCCAAGCACAUCCCUGAGCUGCACUGAAUACUGCCAGUCCCUCAGCACAUGUGCCAAGCCGUGCCAACAUGCCAGGCUGGAGGAGAAACCUCUCACUUUGUCUGCAAAGAAUGCAGGAUGAUGAUGAUGGCCCCUACUCCAAAGGUAACAAAGAUCCAGCCGGAAAUGAUUUGGCUCUGGUCUCCAGGCGACAAAGCAUCCCAGAGGAAUUUCGGGGGGUUACUAUUGUGGAGUUGAUUAAGAAAGAGGGAAGUACGCUGGGGCUGACCAUCUCCGGUGGUACAGACAAAGACGGAAAGCCAAGGGUGUCUAACCUAAGGUCGGGAGGCCUGGCAGCCAGGAGUGAUCAGCUGAACAUUGGGGAUUACAUUAAGUCUGUGAAUGGCAUCAACCUGACUAAAUUACGUCAUGAAGAGAUCAUCAGCCUCUUGAAAAACGUGGGCGAGAGAGUGGUCCUAGAAGUGGAGUAUGAGCUGCCCCCUGCCACUCCAGAUAACAGCUCAGCCAUCAUCCCAAAGACUAUCGAAAUCACCUUGUGCAAAGAGGGAAACAGCUUUGGGUUUGUAAUGAGAGGAGGAGCACAUGAGGACUGGCACAAGUCUAGACCGCUGGUUGUGACCUAUGUGAGACCUGGAGGGCCAGCAGACAGGGAGGGGACCCUGAAAGUUAGCGAUCGGCUGCUCUGUGUGGAUGGUAUUUCCCUCCAUAAUAUUACCCAUACAGAUGCCCUGAGCAUUCUCCGACAGUGUAGCCAAGAGGCUGUCUUCCAGAUAGAAUAUGAUGUUGCUCUCAUGGACACUGUGACUAAUGCAUCCGGACCUCUGCUAGUGGAAAUAGCCAAGACCCCAGGAUCUACUCUGGGCAUCUCUCUGAGCACAGGAACUCACCGAAACAAGCAGGUUAUUGUUAUAGACAAGGUGAAACCUGCCAGUGUGGUGGACAGGUGUGGUGCUUUGCACCCAGGAGAUCACAUCCUGUCCAUUGAUGGGACUAGUACGGAGCACUGCACUCUUAUGGAAGCCACGCAGCUCUUGGCCAGCAUCAUAGAGAAUGUGAAGCUGGAAAUUCUCCCUGCCCAUCACAGCAGGCUCUCUCUGAGACCCCCAGAAACAGUUAAGGUGCAGAAGAGUGAUCACCAUCACUGUUGGGAUCCCUGUGUUAACUACUGCCAUACACCCCAUCCUGGGCACUGCAAGACCCCAACAUGGAACUCAACUUCUAAUCAGGAGUAUUGCAAGUCUUUGGUCGCUGCCAAUUUUUCUUCCUCGUCUGUAGCUGGAACACCGGGAUUUAGCAGCCAGAAUUCUAAUACCCUCCCACGCACAGCACACCCAAUGAGUCCAAGGACCACUAUGUCCAGGAGGCGACAGAAAAGGAAGGACCAUAAAAGCUCCUUGUCCUUGGCUUCCAGCACCGUGGGGCCUGGCGGGCAGAUAAUACACACGGAGAGCACAGAGAUCAUUCUUCGUGGAGAUCCAUUAAAUGGUUUUGGAAUUCAGCUGCAGGGAGGGAUUUUUGCCACAGAGACCCUGUCAUCACCUCCUUUGAUAAGGUUUAUUGAGCCAGACAGUCCAGCUGAGAGGUGUGGGCUCCUACAGGUUGGAGACAGACUACUUUCGAUUAACGGGAUCCUUACUGAAGAUGGGACGCUAGAAGAAGCCAAUCAGCUACUGCGGGAUGCAGCCCUGUCCAAUAAAGUGGCGUUGGAGAUUGAGUUCGAUGUGGCAGAGUCUGUGGUUCCCAGCAGUGGUACGUUCCACGUCAAACUGCCGAAAAGGAAAGGAGUGGAGUUGGGGAUCACGAUCAGCUCAGCGAGCAGAAAACCAGGGGAGCCGUUAAUUAUAUCCGACAUCAAGAAGGGCAGCGUGGCACACAGAACCGGCACCUUAGAGCCUGGGGAUAAACUGUUAGCCAUUGACAACAUCCGGCUGGACAACUGCUCUAUGGAGGAUGCCGUGCAGAUACUGCGCCAGUGCGAGGACCUUGUUAAGCUGAAGAUCCGUAAAGAUGAGGAUAAUUCAGAUGAGCAGGAGACUAGUGGAGCCAUUAUAUACACUGUGGAGCUCAAGAGAUACGGUGGCCCCCUGGGGAUCACAAUAUCAGGGACGGAGGAGCCAUUUGAUCCCAUUGUUAUCUCUGGCCUAACUAAAAGAGGUCUGGCUGAAAGGACUGGAGCCAUUCACAUUGGGGACCGGAUCCUGGCGAUUAACAACGUAAGCCUGAAAGGAAAACCACUAAGUGAAGCCAUCCACCUUCUGCAGAUGGCAGGAGAAACUGUGACCCUCAAGAUAAAGAAGCAGGCAGAGCGAAUAUUCCCCCAAAGGCUGUCAGACAGUAUGAACGAAGGGAGUGACCCUGAGGAUGACCUGACGGACUCUCAAAAAACAAGUAAAUUGUCUGACAUCUACUCUACCGCGGUCCCUAGUGUGGAUAGUGCCCUUGAGUCUUGGGAUGGAUCGGGUAUUGAUGCAGGUUAUGGGAGUCAGGGAACAUAUGUGCCUCAAGCUGUUGGUAUCUCUCUCCAUCCCCACGAGUGGAGAACAAGCCGGCAGAAGAGCAGCACACCUCCUGUAGAGCACAGAAAGAGCUACCCCUUUCUGGAUGGAAGUUUCAAUGAACAAGACUGGGAAAAGCCAACACGAUACCCCAGCCAGCCAAAUGGCCUGGAAGCUGACCAUGAUGAUAGUUUUUGGCGUGUUUUUGGAGAAGCCCUGGAGGACCUUGAAACCUGUGGACAGUCAGAACUUUUGAGAGAAAUAGAGGCAUCCAUUAUGACUGGUAGUGUGCAAGGUUUGGGCCUAGACAGCAGCCAAAUACUUCUGGAAAAUUCCAACCAAGGAGGACAUGUACUGUUCAGGAAGGGAAGCCAUCCCAUCAGCAGCAACAGCCCCAAGAAGGAGAACAAAUUAAGCCAGGAAGCUAGAACCAAGAAGGAAGAGGUGCACGAUGCACAGUCCCUAAGCACAGAGUUGCUAAAGGUAACCGUACAGAAGGAUAUGGAUACCGAUGACUUUGGGUUCAGCGUGUCAGAUGGUCUCCUGGAGAAAGGUGUCUAUGUAAACAUGAUCCGCCCCGGAGGUCCAGCCGACAGAAGUGGUCUUAAAACUUAUGACCGGAUCCUGCAGGUGAACCAUGUGCGUACCAGGGAUUUUGACUGUUGCCUGACCGUGCCGCUUCUGUCGGACGCCGGUGGCCGGCUCGACCUGGUGAUUAGUCGCGGUUUGUCUGUUAAUUCAGGGGAGAUGGGGGUAGAACAAAUAAAAGGUCCAAUAAAAAUGGAAUCACAGACAAGCACAAAGACCCUCUGAAGAACCUUAAAUUCAGCCCUUUAUUAUUUCAGGGGAUUAAUGUUUAACCUCUUGAAAGCCAGAUGUUGCCCAAUUAUUAUUUCAAUUAGUGAAGAUGAUAAACCACUAAUUUUUUAUGUAUGUUUAUGUAUUGUCAGCACUUAGAUUAUAUUGUGCAAAGUAAAACUGUGCAGAUAUCUGUUCCCAGUGGUGCAGGGACCUCCCUUCUCUCCUCACCCCCUCACAUGAUAUUAUCACUUUCCUAUUUCCUCUAUAGACGUUGGUUAAGGAACCUUGGUGGUUGAGGCUUUUCCUUUACUUAUGGUGCUAUUCCUUUAUUAGCAUUUGAUUUAUAACUUCUUCACCCUAUGGAAAUACACUAACACUACACAUUUAUGGUGGAAAUGCACAAAGACUUUCUAGAUCACCGGCAAUGUGUCACUCCAAGCUCCUCUGCCAAUCAGUGUAUGGCUCAUUAAUUAGUUCAUUAAUAGCAUCAGAGACAGUUGCACCUGUUGUAAAUAGAUAAUAUUGUACUCACCUGCCCCCCACCGACCCACCCUGGUGUAAUUUGUUCAACACUUGCACUAUAAUUUAUUGAAGUAGUUGGAUUCAUUUGACUUAUGAUGCUAAACAGUGUUACACUCAUGCACUUUACACCAUGUUGUCUCACCUUUUUCUUUGUUUUGGGAUGCCUUUCAUCACUGAGAACUACAGCGCAACCAUUUCCCACAUCACUAUUAGAAUGCCAGCUCCUUUUGCUGUGAUGUCUAGCAGUAUCCCUGUUCCACUCCCACCACCCACGCUUAUGUAGGAAGGCACAGCCAUUAUACCGGUCUAUUUCAGGAGCAUCCCUUAAUGCUUUUGCUUGGCACUGUGAUAUCACACACACUUCCAGAAAAUGAGCACAACACCUUUGUCAUUGCACCUUGCCUCCUUGUUUGACCGUAUCAGAUUCUGUUUGUAUUCUCUUCUCUGCACAAUAUCCAUGGAAGACCUCAUAGCAGCCUCAGUGAUGGAAAAAGCCUAUGGAAUAGCUUCAGACACUUCAAUGUUUGUGUUCUUGUGUUUGUAUUAUGAAAUGUUCCCUUUGCCCCCCUUAUGGUUCUGGAUGUUUAUACUGGCACAAGGGCCCACAAUAAGCUUUUUCUUUGUAAGCCCAAACAUGGCACCCACGGCCAACAAACCACCUUAGAGGGAUAAUCUGGGCAUCUUGUUGUCAAUUCCCUGUACAGACACUAACUGCCUGCUGUAGUAGUAGUCUUGACCCCCUUUGCCAUCAUCCUGCUCACAGUAAUUAUCAGGGCUUUCCUAUUCUCUAUAUACCAAUGCUGAAGCCAGAUAAUUCACAAGAAGCCUUUGUGACUGGGUGGGGGUUCAAUUACCACUUUAGGGCUCUGAAAUGGAGAUCUACCACCUGUGGCUCAUAUACAACCUUAACAUCCCCCAAGAGCCUCAGUAGGAGCUGUAGAUAAUCUAUAUCUGAAGAGUCACAUGUUGAAGAACUUUGAUAUUUAAGUUAAGGCACAUAGUCCUACUGUAUAUAACUGUGACCACCAGACUAGUCUCCUUGCCUAACAAUCACUAGGCGUUUAUGACCCAAAAGCUGCUGGAUGCUGCCACCAUCCUGUCUGAUGUGGUUAAUGUACUGUGUUGACAGCGUUCCUGCUAUUGUAUUGUGCCAAUCUCUUUCACCAGUGCCUCUGUGGUAUCUGCAUCAUUAAUCCUGGUUGUUCCGCAGUGGACACUUCCAAAUGCAAAAGGAAUGACGGCACCAGCUGCAUUGUUGCAGCGGCUUAUACCAUUCCUCCUGUAUAGGGGUGGACAGCCCUCCAGCUUCUUCUUCAGCUACAUCUCAGCCAGCCUAGUCUGACAUUUUAAGAUAAGUAAUAAACAUGGAGACUCAGAUAAACCUGUGGCCCUUCAGCUGUUCUGUAACAACAACUCCCAGUGCCCCAGACGGAAUGCUAUUGGCGAUGCUGCAGGACCACAGGUUGCCCUUCUCAGUUAGAAAGAGAUGCACUGCGGCUGGCUCACCAUGUACAAUUCCUGUGCCAUAGAAGGUACUAAAGGUAUUUUUAUAUGCAAUAUUUGUGGGUACAGAGCUCCCGUUUUGGGGUUUUUAAUAGUGAAUUUUAUCUAAUGGCUUUAAUAUGUAAUUCCUUGUACCCCUUCCUAUGCAUUUUCAAUGGACGUUCUCGUUACCUGCAUAACUAAAUCAGUAUUUUUAUCCUAUAUGAGAUGAGAGCAACUUAAGUUGUAAAGUAUUUUUCUACUGCCUUUUGAUUUCUUAUGUAUUUGGGGAAAGCACAAAAUGUUUAAGGUUCAGGAUACGGAGAACUUUAUUUUAGUCCUGUUCUGGAUGCAUUUGUAAAUAUUUUUCUCUAUUUAAAUGACUGUACUGAGAGAAAGUCUGGGUUUUUAAUAAUAAAAUGAUGAAUUUUA